ACAUGUCCUCCUGCAAGCUACCUGUAUUUCAUUCUCAGAAUUGAAGGCUUCACAUUGUACCAUCACAACACAUCUCCAACACGCGUUAUCCUUAUUGUGUACAUAGGCCUGCGUUUUCAGGGACGUGCAGAACAUUUCUCGAGGACAAUGGACCUGUACUGUGUUUGGUUGAUCAUCUUUGGACUGACUCUGACGUCAACUCUCAGGAUUCUGGAAUGGCCACCCCUGAACUGCACACAACUGGAUCUUCAAUGCAGCGUUCAAAUUAAUAACUGUUCAGACGACGGCUGGAUUAAACCCAGACACCAGGCGCCUAACGGUCCUCUGUGGCACUCAGGUUCACAGCAGCAUGUGUUUGUGAGGAGAGGGGAGAGUGGUGAUCUGCUACCCGUGAUGUCUCUGAGCUGGAGCCUUCAGAUCAAUGGAGGUGUAAUCAAUGGGACCAGUGGGACCGAGGUGCACGUCACUGAAGAGGACAGCAAUCAAAGCAUAUGUGUCCGAUACAUCUUCCAUAACGAAAUACAAAACAUGAUGAUUAACUGGAAGCCGUGGACAUUUUCCUUGGACAGAGUUGUGGUGGACCCCGAAAACAAUUAUUCUGUUUCGAUCUACAACUUACCAAAACCAGACCUGGGGAAUUACAGACUUGACAAAAUCUUUACAAUCCCUGGAUGCAGGGAUCCAAGCAUAAAAGCAGCCAAGGUGUGUUUGGAAAACGGCAGUCUUUGGGAUCCCCAGUUGUCCUGGACUGUGUCAGUGGAUGGAGGAGAGAGACUGAUCAUCACAGUGGGUUUUAAUACAGCUGAGUUCUCUGACGAAUACCAGAUAUCCAUCCAGAACACUCAACACUCACAGCAUGUCAUGAGGGAGAAUAGAACAUCAUUGAAUGUGACUUUUGAACUGGAUGUAUGGCAGCUGCCUCCAUGUGAAAUGCUAAUUGUGAUUCAGCCAUUUUUUAUACGGUGCAAGAGCAACUGUUUACAUCACCAGACAAAGUGUAACUACUGCUCCUACUAUCAAAGGCCUCCCACUUACAGCCGAUCUUUGAUAAUAAAAGCAUUACUGGGGCUAAUCAUGGCUGGUGGUUUCCUGACUUAUUUGCUGCAAAAAACAUCCCAUACAGAUCCAGGAAGCCAGCUCCUGACCACGCCCAGAGGUGAACUGGAGGGAGUCCAAAUACAAGAGAGGAAAAGGAAAGUCCUCAUCAUCUACUCUCCGGACCAUCCUCUGUAUAUAGAGAUCGUCCUGAAGCUCUGCGCUUUCCUCAUGGCUAAGUGUGGCAUAGAGGUUGUGCUGGACCUGCUGGACUCUGCCCGGCUGGGCAUUGUGGGUAGUGUCCAGUGGCUGGACUGGCAGAGGGAACAGAUUGUUAAAUCCUCAGACAAGAUCCUAAUCCUGUGUUCACGAGGGGUAAGGGCCAAAUGGAGAGCAAUGUGUGAUGGUGCCGAAACCCGGGUGAUCCUGAGAGAGGAGGUACGUUCCCCCAUGGGGGACAUGCUCACCCCUGCGCUCAGCCUCCUGGUGCCCAGCUUUGUGAGAUCUGGAACGUUCCAGAACUACAUGGUGGCUUACUUUGAGGACGUUUGUUCCGAGGAGGAUGUUCCAUCUCCGUUUAACAUCAUAGUGAGGUACAAACUCAUGAAGCAUUUUGAGGAGCUCUUCUUCAGGAUCCUGGAUAAAGAGAAACAUGAGCCAGGGCGAGUGAAUCGCAUUGAAGGCAUCACCGAGGACCAGUAUUUUCAAUGUCCCUCAGGGAAAGCAUUGCGGGAAGCAGUGGAGGCUUUCCAUGCCUAUCAGCUGGAGCAUCCAAACUGGUUUGAGGAUGAACUAGUAAAGGACACAGAUGAGGACGUGGAGGAACCUUCCCUGGAGCAUCAUGCUAUAGAACAACCAACUGAGAGCCUCCUCACCAUCAGACAGAGUGUGCCAGAGUGCAUAGAAGAUGGACCUUCCUCUCCCAUCAAUGAUGUGACACCGGCAGAGAGGGAUCACACGGUGUACUCUGCAACCCUUCACAUGACAGAGGGACUCAAUGAAUCCAAACCAUUUCCUCUCUCGGCGCACACACAUAUAUGUGUUUCCCAUCCAGCUGAGCAAGAUGGGUCCUGUAACUCUGUCUCGGUAGGUUGGUAUCCCUCUGUCAGCACACUUAAAGAAGGAACAGCAGUGCAAUUUCACUGAUGCCGCUAGGGAGUGAUCCAUCCCCAAGCCCACGCAGUGCACCACAUCAUCAUCUUGAAGACAUCUUGGGUUCAACUAAUGUCUG